GCCCCUCCCGCAAAGCCCCACCCGGGUGCGCGGGCAUGGCGGCCAGCCUGUGGAUGGGCGACCUGGAACCCUACAUGGAUGAGAACUUCAUCUCCAGAGCUUUUGCCACCAUGGGGGAGACGGUAAUGAGCGUCAAAAUUAUCCGAAACCGCCUCACUGGGAUCCCAGCUGGCUACUGCUUUGUAGAAUUCGCAGAUUUGGCCACUGCUGAGAAGUGUUUGCAUAAAAUUAAUGGGAAACCCCUUCCAGGAGCCACACCUGCGAAACGUUUUAAACUGAACUAUGCCACUUAUGGGAAACAACCAGAUAACAGCCCUGAGUAUUCCCUCUUUGUGGGGGACCUGACCCCAGACGUGGAUGAUGGCAUGCUGUAUGAAUUCUUCGUCAAAGUCUACCCCUCCUGUCGGGGAGGCAAGGUGGUUUUGGACCAGACAGGCGUGUCUAAGGGUUAUGGUUUUGUGAAAUUCACAGAUGAACUGGAACAGAAGCGAGCCCUGACGGAGUGCCAGGGAGCAGUGGGACUGGGGGCUAAGCCUGUGCGGCUGAGCGUGGCAAUCCCUAAAGCGAGCCGUGUAAAGCCAGUGGAAUAUAGUCAGAUGUACAGUUACAGCUACAACCAGUAUUAUCAGCAGUACCAGAACUACUAUGCUCAGUGGGGCUAUGACCAGAACACAGGCAGCUACAGCUACAGUUACCCCCAGUAUGGCUAUACCCAGAGCACCAUGCAGACAUAUGAAGAAGUUGGAGAUGAUGCAUUGGAAGACCCCAUGCCACAGCUGGAUGUGACUGAGGCCAACAAAGAGUUCAUGGAACAGAGUGAGGAGCUGUAUGAUGCUCUGAUGGACUGUCACUGGCAGCCCCUGGACACAGUGUCUUCAGAGAUCCCUGCCAUGAUGUAGCCAGGCCAAAGGACAAGCCAGGCUGCACUAUGUGAGGGAGAUUAGAGACUCCUUUUAAAAAAAAAAAGAAAUGUGAAACCUUUUUGGAAAUAUGAUUUGUAAGAUUUUAAUGACUGUUUCUGGAGAUCA